AUGGCGAUGAUAGGUGUGGCGGUGUUAUCGAGUUCAUGUGCGUUAGUAUCGCACAUGGAAGGGUUCCUGGAGCGUUCGUUAGGUGCGACAUGUCCUCACAAGAAGACUUCUGCACGGUUGUUGCCGGGUGGACGUGUGGUGAUGGCUAGUAAGAAGUUGGCGACCUUCGCACAGGCCGUAUGUGUGUUGUUUUGUCGUUGGACGCGAGUGUUAAUAUGGGCAGCGCUUGGAUUCGAACUGGGGUUCUUUGCACGGGCAUUGCGACAAUGGCGUUGCCACCUCAUGCCAUCAAGCUACAAUGACGCACGUCAAGUCAAUUGCCGCACCUACCUACAGACCUGUCCUUUGACUCAACCUGCUCGGGGACGCAACUACAUCAACUGCACCAUCAAAAGUAACUACGACUUCUUCGAACCUUUCGCUUGCGAUACCGGCCUACCCGGAGACCUGGCCGCCAACCAGUUCUGCGCAGACUACCUCGAACAAUUCUGCGAUACCGUGUGUCCUCUCUGCGAGAACAAACCUGCCAGCGACCUAUCGGCAGCCGCCGCGGAUGACGAAGCCGUCCUAAAAAAGGACUCCGCCGCAAACGACCCAGGACAAGAUGGCUCGGCGACCGCAGCCGGUCUGGACGCUGCGGCGGCUGACCUGGACCCGGAACAGAGUUGGGAGGAGUCGAGAGCGGCGUUUCUGGAAGCGGAGUCGGGCAAGGACAGCGAAGCGUCGAGUGUCAGUGGUUAUGACGACGACGAAGACAGCUUGAGCGAUGAAGACAGUGACGGCUACCAAUCGCCACGGGGCGGGGGGAGUGUGUACGGCGAUGAUAACGAUGAGGAGGAGGAGGGCGUGGUUGCGAGUCAGGGUCUGUUGGUGGACCGUGUGCCUUUGACGCCAAGUGCCGACCAGGGUCGACUCAAGUUCGCUGAUCUGUACGACCUGGAACAGCAGGACUACCACGAUUCAGUACCGGUCGAGACAGCCACUCAAUCGCCUGUGGAACAGAGGGCCCCGCCGGUCCGGAAGUUCUCGCGUCCAAAAAAGAAUCGCCGUCGCCUGGGUGCGAUAGCGACAGGCCACGGGGGUUGGUCUUGGGACCGAGACACCCCGCGGGGCCGGCCGCGUCGCCCGAGUACCCUGAGGUUGGAUGUCGCUGCGGCCGCCUUGGCCAGUUCGGCUUUCGAUACAAGCUCCGCCGGUUCAAGUCGCACCUCUGUAGGACUGUGGCCUCAAGAGGCGGCGGCGCCUGACACGACACUGCGGGACGCCGAAGCCAUGGACCUGUCCGAAGGCGACACGGUCUCGGGGCCCUCCUCUCAGCGCGGAACGCAGACCUCCGAAGUGUUGUUGGAGAGCUAUGAGAAAUUAAUUGCGCAAGCCCAGGACAUUCUCCAAGCCGCCCUAAAGGAAGACGGUCGCAUUCUCGCAACAGAGAACCCCGAUCUCGUCCUUACCGGCGUCGGGCUCGAGCCCCUCUGCGACAGCUCCGUUGACGAAUCCCGCAGCUCUCGCUUCGCCGGAGACAGCGAAGACGUGCUAGACCUCGUCUAUGGCACCCUAGACCCUACCUGCCGAAUACUUAGGAUACCCGUCAGCCCCUUCGGAGCUACCGGACCAUAUGACACUGCCCUACAAAAGGCCAUCGAAGAUCUCAUCACCAAGAAACAUGUUCCCAUCCUUGACAACCGAAAACUUAUGGGUAAAGACCUCUUAGGAAAAGAACUCCGAAAAAACAAGACAUGGUCGAUAAAGACUACAGAAGGCCAGUCGCGAUCCGAUUACUACAUGGUAGCACACAACAAAGAACCAUGA